AGAUUGCCUGGAGGAUGGGACUGAGGUAUUUCUGUUUGUUUGAGAAUGGAAGAGAUACUAAACCCGAGUUCAAGAUAGGAUUUUCGUGUGGGAUGGGCACCAACUAAAACCAUUUCUGUCUCUUAUCCUAACGCAGGCAGGUGCUAGUGUGAUAAGAGGUAGUGAGUCAACCAGCUGGAGUAGAGACAGUCCAACCUCACCUCUAGCAUGAUGCUGUUUUACAAGAUCUUGUAGCAGGAACCCAUGUGUCUGUCAGUGUCCCUCAUUUAUUGGCCAUCUUUCAGAGGCCGAUUUCUCUGGCUUCCUAGGCUGUGGACUACAUUUCCCAGGAGCCAUCACACCCUUGGCCAUUGCUGUCCAAAGAUGGCAGGGGCCAUCGUUUGCAUAGCUGAGGAAGAGCAGUAUGUAGACCAUCUCUGCGUGACCUGAAAUUUCUGAAGUUCUCGUGAUCAGUUGUUGGCGUUGUGUGAGGGAUGUUCUCUGCCAAUGGAAGUAAUAGAGUUUAAAGCUAGGGCCUGUAAAUUGAUAGUUGUGGUCUAGUCUUUUGUUAAAGACCAUACAGCGUUGGACUACAUUUCCCAGAGUGCACUGUUAACAAGCAACUUCCUCGAGUUCCGACCCAAUUGGCUUCAGACCCGAAUCCCUAGGGACGUCCAGGCUGUGUGGGGCAUAGUGUCAGUAUAAGGCCUGGAAUCAGAAUGUCCAUGGAGAUCGAGUUCAGGGGUGAAGGGCUUUCCUACGGAGCGCGGAGUUCUGAAGAGGAUGUGGUGGUGUUCCGGGCUGGCAGAGUUGGGGAGUUGCCUUCAUAACAAUAGGAAUCAAGAAGAGGACUGGUCACAUUCACAAGUUUUCAAUCAUGGCCCAUGUAAUGACGUUCAGCGAUGUGGCUGUAGAUUUCUCUCCAGAAGAAUGGGAGUGUCUAAACCUGGAACAGAGGCAUUUAUACAGAGAUGUGAUGCUGGAGAACUACAACCACCUUGUCGCAGUAGGACUUUGCAUUUAUCAACCACGUGUGCUCCCCACGUUGGAAGAAGAGCAAGAUGCCUACGUGGAUUUGGGCAGUGAGACCAGAGGCUUUUGCCCAGAUAUAGAUUCUGUGUGGCAGAUGAAGGUCCUACCAAAAUCUAGCGCAUGUGCAAGACAGUUAUCCCAGUGGGAAGUAAUGGAAACUGAUCCAAACCACAGCCUUGAAGGUUCGUGUCCUAGAGCUGAUUGGGAAGGCAGAGUUCAGCUUCCAACCCAAAAGGAGACUCAAGAGGAAUGCUUUAAGCAAAUGACACUUACCUACAAAAAAUUGCCCUCUUUGAAUCAGCUCACAGCUUUUAAUCAGUGCCCAAGACUGAAUAUAGAAGAGAAAACAAAUAAAUUUAAAUCUGAAAAAUCCUUUAGUUUUGCCUCAGACCCCACUCAACUUCAGUUAAUUCACAUGGGUGAGAAACUCGAGGAAGAUAAAAAAUGUGGGAAAACCUUUCCUCCUGGUUCUAAACUUACUCGGUAUCGUGCAGUUCACACUGGAAAGAAAACAUUUCAGUGUGAAGAAUGUGGCAAGGCUUUUAGUUUUCGGUCUAGUCUUACUGGUCACAAGAGAAUUCACACUGGGGAAAAGCCUUUUAAAUGUAAGGAAUGUGGGAAAGCCUUUAGAUUUCAUUCACUACUCAGUGUCCACAUUCGGAUUCAUACCGGUGAGAAAUCUUACGAAUGUAAGGAAUGUGGAAAGUACUUUAAUUACAGCUCAGACCUUACUCGACAUCACAGGAUUCAUACUGGUGAGAAGCCCUAUCAGUGUAGGGAAUGUGGAAAGGCUUUCAGUUGCGGCUCAGACCUCACUCGCCAUGAGAGAAUUCACACUGGUGAAAAACCCUAUGAAUGUAAUGAGUGUGGAAAGGCUUUUAUUCAGCAGUCACACCUCAUUAAACAUCAGAGAAUCCACACUGGUGAAAAACCUUACGUAUGCAAGGAGUGUGGGAAAGCUUUCACAUGUGGGUCACAAUUAAGUCAACACAGGAAAAUUCAUACUGGUGAUAAGUUGCAUAAAUGUAAAGAAUGUAAAAACUCUUUUAGUUUUGCCUUAGAUCAUACUCAACGACAGUUAAUUUACAUUGGUGAGAAGUUCUUUGAAGAUAAGGAAAAUGGGAAGACGUUUUUUCCAGACUCAGAACUUACUCAGUACCAGACCGUUCACGCUGGUAAGAAAAUAUACGAAUGCAAAGAGUGCGGCAAGGCUUUUAGUCUACGCUCCAUUGUCAGCAGUCUUAAGAAAAUUCACAACAGGGAGAAACUUUUUAAAUGCAAGGACUGUGAGAAGGCCUUUCGUUGUCCCUCAGAUCUGGCUCGCCAUCAGAAGAUUCACACUGGUGAAAAGCCCUAUAAGUGUAAGGAAUGCGGGAAGGGGUUUAUUUGCAGAUCAGACCUUGGCCGGCAUCAGAGAGUUCACACCGGUGUAAAGCCUUAUGUAUGUAAGGAGUGUGGAAAAGCUUUCACUCGUGGUGCACACCUAACUCAACAUCAGAAAAGUCAUAGUAAGAAAUCACACGAAUUCAAUGGAGGUGACAAGGACUUUAGUUCUGGUUUAGAACAUCCUCAGCAUUCUUUAAUUCAUACUAGUGAGAAAAUCUGGCAAGAUAAGGAAUAUGCAGAGACCAUUCUUUGUGGUUCAGAACUUACUCAAUUUCAACCUGGCGAGACAACCAAUGAAUAUAAAGAGAAUGGCAAGGACUUCAGUUGGCAUUCAAGUGACCCAGAUCUUAAGACAGUUCACAUUAGGGAGAAACGUUUUCAGUGCAAGGAAUGUCCAAAGGCCUUUAGAUACAGUUCAGAACUUACUCGACACCAGAGACUACAUACCGGUGAGAAGCCCUAUAAGUGUCAGGAAUGCUGGAAAGCAUUUGCUUCUGCCUCAGACCUUGCUCGGCAUCAGAGGAUUCACACUGGUGAGAGGCCCUAUGAAUGUAAUGAGUGUGGGAAAGCCUUUAUUCAGCAGUCACACCUCAUUAAACAUCAGAGAAUUCACAGUGUCGAACAGUCCAAGGAUGUAAUGAAUGUAGAAAAGCCUUCGGCUGGCAGUCAGAUGUUAUUAAACAUGAGGGAGUUCACACUGGUAAACAAUCUUAUUAAUUUAAGGAGUGUUGGAAAGAUUCUACUCAUGGCUCAGCUCAAUCAGUUUCAGAAGAUUUAUAAUGAUGAGAAAUCAAGUUAAGGCAGAACACUUGGAAAAGCCUAUUUUUGUGUCUCAAAUCUUACCCAGCAUUAGAAUGUCCACAUUGGUAGGAAAUCUGUGACUGAGAUUUGGGAAAGCCUUCAUCUGUAACUCAAGCCACUAUCUGUGUGAAGAUAUGUCACUGUGAUUGGCUUAAUAAAAAGCUAAACAGCCAAUAGCUAGGCAGGAUUUUUGAGGUCGAGAGAAUGCUGGGAAGAAGAAGGGUGGAGUCCAGCCAGAUGGAAAGCAAGCAGGAUGGCCUCUAAGGAGAUGAGGCAAUAAAGCCAUGAGGCAGGAAGGAGAUUAAAAGAUAGGGGUUAAUUUAAGUUAUAAGAGCUAGUUAGAGCCGGGCGGU